CUGCGCGCUGCGUCGGGCCGGCCCAGGGUGACCCUGAGCGCUUUCGAGUGCGCCGCGAUGCUCACCAGGUUCCUGGGCCCGCGCUACCAGGAGUUGGCGAAGAAUUGGCUGCCCACGGCAGGCAUGUGGGGCGCAGUGGGUUCCGUGGGGCUGGUGUGGGCCACCGACUGGCGGCUGAUCCUGGACUGGGUGCCCUACAUUAACGGCAAAUUUAAGAGGGACGACUGAGGACACCCUCCAGAGUUUUCUUCCGAUUGUGUCUGGUGGUGCUGAUUCUUCCCGUCUCAGAACCUGCUACGUCUGGAUCAGCUGACUACAGAUGGAUGGAAUGGCUGAACCUAGCUGAGGUUGGACAUCAAGGAAACCCACAACACAACUGAAGACUUUUUGUUCCGUUCCUAAAAAGAACCUGGAUGUGUUCUUGCCCUUAGCAUUAAAGUACAUGAUGAGACUACCGUCUGCCUGGACGUUGAUCUUGCUGGUAA